AUGAGAGGAGUAAUAAGCGACACAAGGAAAGGGAGCGGCCGCAGAAAGAUAGGGAGUCUUAUAGGAACCAAGGAGACAACAACCAGGAGAAAGAACGAGAGAGACUGGCAUCACAAAGAUUAUCUGUAUAGUAUAGACCAAACACAGAGACAUCCAAUGGACGUGAGUGACAAAGAGCCUUAUUUCAAAGCUGAUAGGUUGUUUGCUCCAAAUGGCUCCCAGAUAAACGAUGUAGAAUAUUACGACACAGAAUCAGAUGGUGGAAUCCUCAAUUGUCACAAAUGCAGAUACCUAUGUUCAGGACGUGCUUUCUGUCAGAUGGUGGAAGCUCUGCUGAACAUGUUGAUCCUGAUCUGCUGCUCCGUGUCCUACAAUUCUACCGGGGGUUUCACUGGGAUCACUAACCUGGGUGGGAUUUACUAUUACCAGUUUGGCGGGGCUUACAGUGGCUUUAGUGGUGCAGAUGGAGAGAAGGCAGAACAGUUGGACGUCCAGUUCUACCAGUUAAAGCUUCCCACUGUUACAGCCUCCAUGGCGUUUGGGGGAGCUCUCAUGGCAUUCAGCUGCUUGCUCCUUCUGGUUGGGGUGCUCCAUGGUGACUUCCUGUCCUGCUACUUGUGGAAUGCAUGUUGGACAUUGCGAUCGCUGUGGGCUAUAUCCCAGCGCUGUAUUUUUACAUCACUAAGCUACAACAAGCGUACGAUUCCCAAGUUUGCAAAGACCGGGAGAGCCUUUAUAGCAGCAAAGGUUAUCAGGGUUUCACCUGCUCCCUUCAUGGCGCUGGUAGUGCAGCGACGCUGUUUGCAUGCAUGGCCAUAA